UAACUCUCCAAGUUCCACUAGCUAGUGCUCUCCCUUUGUGUAUAUUCCCUGUGGUCCCCUUUUACUCAUUUCCAAACUUUAGCCUUUAAAUUCUCAAGUUUUCAGUUUGAGUUAAUCCUCAUCUCUUUUUAAGUUUGUUGUCUCUAGUCGAACCCAUGCCAGUCUCAGCUAGUCCAGCGCCACUGUUAGGGGAUCGACUGUGUGAAAAUGGAUUUGAGUGUGUUAAAAUUCUCCCUGCCACCAAUGAUGCACAUGGAGGAGUCAUUGUGGACUUAAAGGAGCCUUUGCACUCCGAAGUUUUUGCUACUUUGCUUAGAUCUUCACUUUUACAUUGGAAGCAACAGGGAAAAGAUGGUGUUUGGAUCAAGUUUCCUAUUGAGCUUGUUAAUCUUGUUGAAACUGCAGUUAAGGAGGGUUUUUGGUACCACCAUGCAGAGCCAAACUAUCUAAUGCUAGUUUACUGGAUUCCCAAAACUGACUGCACAAUACCUCCAAAUGCUUCUCAUUGUGUAGCAGUUGGAGCUAUUGUCUUGAACGAUAAUAAAGAGGUGCUUGUGGUUCUGGAAAAAAAAGGAGGAUUUCAUGGGAUUGGUGUUUGGAAGAUACCUACUGGAGUUGUUGAUGCAGGUGAGGAGAUUUUUGAGGCAGCUAUUAGAGAAGUAAAAGAAGAGACAGGAGUAAGUAUAAAGUGUCAAGAGUACAUGUUGCAUUCCCAUGUCAUAGAAUCUCAGAAUUAUUGUAUUAUGGUGAUGACUUCUAUUUUGGUCUGCUUUAUUUUUGUUCAGAUUGAUACAGAAUUUGUGGAAUUACUAGCAUUCAGACACACACACAAUUCAUUCUUUGGAAAAUCGGGUCUAUCUUUUAUUUGCAUGCUUCGCCCUCUUUCUUUUGACAUCAAAAAGCAAGAACUGGAAAUUGAGGCAGCUCAGUGGAUGCCAUUCGAGGAAUUUGCUGAUCAACCUUUUAAUCAGAUGCAUGAACCCUUCAAGUACAUGAUUGAAUUAUGCUUGGCAAAGGUUGAAAAAGUCUAUAAUGGAUUCUCUCCGCGACCCAUCUCAUCAUAUUUCGUGGAGGAGUUGAAUUAUCUAUAUUUGAAUAGUCAUUGCCUGGACAAGUCUUCUUAAGUUUUACAAAUCAACCUUGGUCGUCAUCCAUAAAAGUUUAGUUUGAUAUUUCUUUCUUGUAAGGAUUUAAUUAAGCUUUUUCUCCUUAAAUUUAGGUUACUUCUGUUUUUGUCCUUCAAAUUUAUUUUUUUUAGUCCUAAAAUUAUGAAAGAUGUUCUUUUUACUU